AUGGUCACUGUCGCAAUCGCAGGAGGAGGCUCAGCCAUCGCCUCCAACAUCAUCAACGCCAUCCUCGCAACCAAGAAGCACCAACUCGUCAUCCUCUCCCGCUCUCCACGCCCCGAGCUCGAAGCCCAAGGCGCCAUCGUCAAAGUCGUCGACUAUGAUUCCCACGAACAGCUCACCAACGCUCUCCAAGGCGUCCACACUGUUCUCAGCUGCAUCUGGGCUUACGGCCCGGCCGUAGGCACCUUGCAAAUCGCUCUACUAGAGGCAGCCAAGGAAGCCAAAGUAAAGCGCUUCGUGCCCUCAGAAUGGUCCAUUCCCGCAUACGACCGAGUCGCCUAUUACAAGUCCAAGGAACCUGUCUGGGAGGCAGUGAAAAAGUCAGGACUGGAGUACACGCGCUUCAUUAACGGUCUGUGGAUGAACGUCUGGGCUCCCGGCGCACCGCGAGACGAAGAAGUUGCUCGAGCUGGAUACAAGGGCCCGGCAUUCUUGCUCGAUAUCAACAGCGGCAGCAUCACCAUUCCCGGAGACGGCUCCGGCAUAAUCAGCGUGACCGAUAUGCGAGACGUCGGCAAGUAUGCUGCUGCGGCGCUGGAUUUCGAAAAGUGGGAUGAGGACAGCGUGAUUGUGGGUGACAAGGUUACCAUCAACGAACUCGUUGCGAAGAUUGAAAAGAUUACGGGAAAGAAACUCGACAAGUCAUACGUCUCGCUGGAUGCCAUUGAUGCGGUGAUUGCUGGUAACCCGGAUCCGGGAACGCUGAUGAUCCAUGAGUUUUUCAAGAUUAUUGCUCUGGGAGAGUAUGAUCUGACGCCUAAUGUCAACCAGAGGGUUCCAGAGGUGAAGCCACUCAAGGUUGAUGAGUUUUUGGCAACGCACUGGGCUGCGUGA